AUGGAUGUUCAUGAUCUCAUUUUGACAGGUUCUACACCUACUAUACUUUACACGUUAAUUCAGCAGCUUAGGAAUAAGAUUGCUCUCAAGGAUUUGGGUCCUCUCACCUACUUUCUUAGUAUUGAAGUUGCUUGGAUUCCAACUGGCCUUCAGCUUUCUCAAUCUAAAUGCAUUUGGGAUCUUCUACAGCAUGUUAACAUGCAUAAGGAUACUGCUAUUUCAAUACUGUCCUCGUCGCAAACCUUAUCGGCAACUGACUCUUCUCACCACUUUGAAGAUCCAACUCUAUUUUGCCAAGUUGUAGGGGCCCUUCAAUGUUUGGCACAUACUCGACCUGAUAUUACUGGGACUAUUAAUAAAGCUGCUCAAUUCAUGCACACUACUUAUAUUAAUCAUUGA